AUGAUUAAGAUUGAUCAGGAUACUACCACACAGUUAUCUGACAUUCCUAUAGUUCAGGAGUACCCUGAUGUAUUUCCAGAAGAAUUACCCGGCUUGCCCCCGAAAAGGCAAGUGGAGUUCACGAUUGAGUUGAUUCCGGGGAUAGCACCGGUGUCCAAGGCCCCAUAUCGCAUGGCGCCUAAGGAGUUGGAGGAGCUAAAGGUACAGCUACAGGAGCUGCUGGAUAGAGUGUUUAUCCGUCCUAGUGUGUCUCCAUGGGGAGCUCCGGUACUCUUUGUGAGGAAAAAGGACGGAUCGAUGAGAUUAUGCAUCGACUAUCGACAGCUGAAUGUAGUGACUGUUAAGAAUAAAUAUCCACUGCCGCGUAUAGAGGAUCUAUUCGAUCAGCUCAAGAAUACCUGUGUGUAUUCAAAGAUUGAUCUGCGCUCUGGCUAUCAUCAGCUCAUUUUCAUGGACCUGAUGAAUAGGGUAUUCCUGGAGUUCCUGGAUCAGUUCGUGAUUGUGUUCAUCGAUGAUAUUUUGAUAUAUUCUCGAUCCGAGGAGGAGCAUGUGCGACAUCUUCGUAUAGUAUUGGAGACGCUCCAGCGAGAACGUCUCUAUGCAAAAUUCAGCAAAUGUGCAUUCUGGUUAUCUUCUGUGGGUUUUCUGGGACAUAUUGUUUCUAGCAGUGGUAUUUCAGUGGACCCACAAAAGAUAGAGGCGGUUACCAGUUGGGAGCAGCCAAAGUCUGUACAGGAGAUUCGUAGCUUUCUUGGUCUGGCAGGGUAUUACCGCAGAUUUGUAGAGGGCUUCUCUAGCAUAGCUCUGCCGUUGACUCAGUUGACCAGGAAAGGGGUGAAAUUUUGCUGGAUAGAGUCUUGCGAGACGAGUUUUCAGGAACUUAAGCGAAGACUCAUUUCUGCACCUAUACUAGUGCUUCCUUCCGGAGAUGAUGGUUUCGUGCUUUAUACGGAUGCAUCAUUGCAGGGGUUAGGCGCAGUACUUAUGCAGCAUGGACGGGUAGUUUCUUAUGCCUCACGGAAAGCCAACGUGGUAGCUGAUGCGUUGAGUAGAAAAUCCCGAGGAGUUCUAGCUUGUCACCGUGUGAUGGUUACUGAAUUGGUUCAGAAAUUUUCUGAGUUGGGAUUAGUAGAGCAGGGUCAGACUGAGCGGGGUAUCCUGUUAUCUAUGGUUGCCCAGUCACCCAUGGUAGAGAGGAUUAAAGAAGCUCAGGCUACAGAUCAGCAUCUACAGUCGUUGUGUAGCAAAAUCAUCCCAGGACAGCAGACGGGGUUCUCUUGCGAUGACAGGGGGAUUCUAUACUUCCAGGGGAGGUUGUGUGUUCCUGAAGCACCUCCUGUGAAAGAAGACCUACUUCAGGAGGCACAUCGGUCCAGAUUUGCGAUUCAUCCUGGUGGUACCCGCAUGUACAGGGAUCUGAGACGUUCUUAUUGGUGGACUGGCAUGAAGAAGGACAUUGCAGAUUUCGUUGCUCGAUGCCUUGUAUGUCAGCAGGUGAAGGCUGAACAUCAGAGACCCGCUGGUUUGCUACAGAAGAUUCAGAUACCUGAAUGGAAAUGGGAACACAUCACGAUGGAUUUCGUCGUGGGACUGCCCAGAACCCGACGAGCACAUGAUACGAUUUGGGUAAUCGUUGAUCGGUUAACCAAAUCUGCUCAUUUCCUUCCGAUCCGUAGGACGGAGUCAUUGGAUCGAUUAGCGGAGUUGUAUUGUAGAGAGAUUAUCCGGCUCCACGGUGUACCUCUCAGUAUUAUUUCAGAUAGAGAUCCGCGAUUUACUUCGCGUUUCUGGCAGAGUUUACAGCAGGCUAUGGGUACAGAGUUACGAUUCAGUACUGCUUUCCACCCCCAGACAGACGGUCAAGCCUGUAGAUCCCCCACCCUAUGGGUGGAAGUUGGGGAAUCCCAGAUUUUGGGACCACAGAGCCUUCAGCGUGAUGCAGAGAUGGUUCGUACUAUCAGGCGCAGACUGUCAGAGGCUCAGGAUCGGCAGAAGAGUUAUGCGGAUCGUAGACGGAGACCGUUAGAGUUUGCUGUUGGUGAUCAUGUAUUCUUACGGGUAUCCCCUAUGAAAGGAGUAAAAAGGUUUGGAUUGAAGGGAAAAUUAGCACCUCGCUAUAUUGGACCCUUCCAGAUUCUCGAGAGGAUAGGUGCGGUAGCGUAUCGACUGGCGCUACCACCUUCACUUUCCGGGGUGCAUGAUGUUUUCCAUGUAUCUAUGUUGAGGAGAUAUGUACCGCACCCUUCGCAUGUUCUCACCGGUGUAUCAGUUGUACUUCAGCCGGAUAUAUCUUAUGAGGAGAUUCCAGUUCGGAUUUUGGACCGCAAAGAGCGCCGGUUGCGGAACAAGACGAUUCGGCUGGUCAAAGUUGGAUGGCGGCAUCACUCAGAUGAAGAAGCCACCUGGGAGUUGGAAGAUAAGAUGCGGACCAGUUACCCCCACCUGUUUACUGGAGGGAUGAAGCGCGGAGAUACGACCCCUCGUCCGCGUCGUGGUCCGGGUCGACCCCGGAAACCACAUAUUGAGUCUGUAGAGGCUGAGCCAGUGGAGUACGAGGAGGAUUCUGUUAGGGAUCCUACAGAGGUUGAGAUCGACAGCCGUGCACAGACUCCUCAGAUUCCCACGAGAGAUCCGGGGUUUCAGCCUCAGUUGGUUCCUCCCACCUUACCACCGGUAGCCCCUAUUCCUACUUCUACUUCUUGGGCGAAGGACAGGGCUCGGAUUCCGUUACUGGCCCGAUCGGUGAAAGAUCGUUUUACCCUAUUCUAUGGUGUUCCCGACCCCAGUGUUGCUCGUUCCUGGUUGGGAAAUGUGGAGGAUACCUUCGGAUAUUUAUCGUGUACAGAGGAAGAAAAGGCUGAACUAGCUGCAUAUCACCUCCGUGAUCAGGCUGUUACCUGGUGGAAGAUGCAGAAGUCACUCUUCGGGGAUCAGAGUAUUACCUGGGCUUUAUUCAGAGAUGCCUUCGAGAGACAGUAUUUUCCAGCUCCGUACCGUAUAGCUCGUCGACAGGAAUUCUUAAGUCUUAAGCAAGGGGAUAGAUCGGUGAUGGAGUAUGAGGCAGAGUUUAACCGAUUAGCUGAGUACUGCCCGCAGUUGGUUGCUCAGGACAGCGAUCGGUUAGACCAGUUUACCCAGGGCCUUGCGGCGUAUAUUCGUAUCAGGAUGUCGGGUUUUACUCCCAGCACCUACCGAGAGGCAUUGGACAGAGCAUUGAUGAUUGAAAUGAUGCAGCAGCAAGUUUCUCAGGAGCGGGGAAAGGAUAAAUAG